AAGCAGGCGUGGAUUAUACGCCCGUAGAUAAAUGUGCAACUUCUGAUGUUGGAAAAAAUCUUUUUGUUAAAAGCGUAAGCAUAACAGAAUCAUAUGGCGUCACUAAAAGUUGUACGAUUUACAUUGACGGCAAACUGAGAUGUAUCAAAGAUGGAUUCUGGUAUAAUUGUCUUGGAGGCCAUGAAUUUUUGGACAUCAAAUGUACAACAUUAGUGCUAACAAAAGUGGGUGUGGCAUUAAUAGGUCUCUAUCUUUAG